AAUCCCCAGUUUACUACCCUUCUAUGUUCAUAGUCGUUGAGAAAUCGAAGAAAUAAUACAGAAAAGGCAAGAAAAAAAUCUAUUAUUUUCAGUAUAAUCAAGGGAAAUUUACUAGAAAUUUCGACGGAAAGAGCGAGCAGUUCCUCUGAGAAAUUCAGGCAAUUUCCGAAAGAUUCUUCUCCGAAGAAAUAGCUUUUACUGGAAACAAGCACCAUGGCAGCCCCAGCUCAUCGUCUGAUCCAAGAUCAGAACCUAAAUUUCCCAUACAAUGGCACCGCACCUCGGGGGAAGACUGAUCUAACUAAAGCAGGUAAAAGAGGAGGCCUUGAUGGAAGGAAAGCUCUCAACGACAUAUCAAACUCAAGAAAGCCUUCUGUGCAUCACUCUGUGAGAAAAGACAAUUCCAUAAAUGUCAUAUCUAUUGAGAAAGAUCCUAUUGGUGUUAAAGCAAAAUCCUCAAAGGUGGCUGAGAAAGGAAAAGUCGGUGGUAGGAAAGCACUUAGCAAUCUUACAAACUCAGUUAAGCCACCAAAGCAGGUCCUGGCUACAGGGAGGAAAUUGAAUUCCAUGGCAGAAGAAAAUGUCCCUAGUUGUUUGGUGAAUGAGGGGUUUCUACAUAACCAUCAGGAGUGCAUCAAGGCCCAGAUGAAGUCUGUGGACAUGGACUACUUUUUGAAGUCAGUUGGACUGAAUAAUGAUAUUCCUAUGCAGCUGUCAGCCAGAAAGGCACCUCAGGUAUCCUCAAAGAAGCCUGAGUGUAAUAUGAAGCAUUUGGAGAUGAAAGAGAUGCCAGAUAACAUUUUUGAAGAUAAAGUUGUUCCUAGCAGUAAGUCUGAGCUUUUUGGCUACUGUUCACCUGCCUGUCGAUCUCCUCAGUCACCAAAGCUACCAUAUAUGAACUGGGAGGACAACAAUUUUUCUGAUCUGACGGUGGUUGAGACACCUAAGCUGAUGUAGUCUUGGAGCUCCAAAGAUGGUUAUUGCUUGUGAUAACUUGAUAUAAGACGGCGAAGGUUAUCUGAUGUUAAUCUCCAGUGAGUUUAUUGCGUUGAGUUUUGCUGGUUUUUGAAGAUCGGUUAGUUGUCAUUUAUUAGUCAACUAUUCAGCAUACUUAAUAGAACAGUUCUAGGCUUUUGAUA